AAGAUUGAUGGCUUUAGUAACGUUUGAAACGCUUGUAAUGGCUAACGACCCUAACAACUGUGUCUCGUAAAUUUCUACGUAGGGUGUUAUAAUCUCUCACAGAUUUUUAAAUAUAUAGAAAAAAAUAAAAAAAUCAAAAUUAUAGCCUCAAAAGUCUAAAUCUCGCGCACAUAUUAUUAUUUUGAUCUCCGUAUGUAUAGUAAUGUUAAUACAAUCGACACCUACGAAUUAUUGACCCAAACUCCGAGACGAAUAUUCUGAGAGUGCGAACAAGACGUCACAACAUAAUUACAUACCAUGGCAGGAAUAAGUCCAAUAUUCAAUAUACUCAAAGAAUUUCGCCAGCUCGGCUGCAGCGAUGAGACACGAUGCUCUGCAGCCUACCGGCUUUAUAUCCAUCUUUGCGAGAAACGACACCUCUGGGACGUCCAGUACCAUUACGCGAAGCAUCUGGACAUCGUCUACCUCACGGCACGCAAGGAGCAAGAUUCCCCCGCAGACAUCUACAUCCCGGUGCCAACGUUCGACGAUGUGACCAUGGGUGACAUUGACCGGUACCAAGCAGAGCUAACCGACCCCACAACGACCGAUAAUCGUACCAUUAUCAUUGCAUUCUGUGAUCCCAGCUCGUCGGUGCUGCUGUACAAAAUGACCAACACGAUCAAACCGAUGGAAGAUAAACCUCCGUCGAAGAACAAGCUGUCCAAACAGAGGUUCAAAGUCAAUAGAACGGAUGAUUUGUAGCAUGGCUUUCGGAAACUUGUUCUUGUAGAUGUAUCACCGCCCUUGUGAUUUUGAUCAUUGUUUUUUUUUCUUUAAUUACAGAAUAAGCGGUAUUAAUAUAUUUUCUUGUAUCUGUUUUCCUCGAUUCCUUUUCUUGUAUAGUUAUUGAUUCUUAGCGAUUCUUUCUUCUUUUAAAUGUCUCCAUGCCUCUAUGUAUGUUAUUUUCUGGUUUUCUCUGUUUUUUUUUUUUCAGUAUUUAUUAGGUUAAUGUUUUUCAUCUUUUUUUGACUAGAAUUUAUCAUUUUUAAACCUCUUUUUCUACACCCAUUUUUUACUGCUUUUCGUCGCCGUCUUGCUUCGCUUUGCCCUCAACGAAAAGCUAUAAACCGGUAAUUUAAUGUUAAUGUUUGAAACAUAUGUGUACAAAAACGGAUGAUGCAAGAAGACUGAUGCUGUCUCUAGUUCGGUUGUAUGCUGUAGUUUCUAUAAUGUGUCGUUCCAUUUAUACAAUGCACUUGCAGAUGAAUUUUACUACUUGUGGAAUUGAACAGCUUGUGUUUUUCAAAAGUGCUUUCUUCUGCUUUAUAUUGUGUUUGCUAAAAUUUUACUUGUUUUCGGGUUGUUCUAAAGGUAAAGCAAAGCACCACGCGGGAUGAUAUGACAAACGAAAACGAUGACAGUAACGUUGUGCCAUUGAUUGACGGAUCCUAUAUAAAUGGUUAAAGAUAUAAACUAAAUCACAUGUUUUUUUUACACACAAGCAUAAAAGUAAACACUAACAUAGGAAGAUACAAUAUUGUUUAACAAAGUCUUUCAGCUUUUAGGCUUUAACUUAGGGAAUAACUUAAAACUAGCAACAUGUUUUUGAUUUUAUACGGUUGAUCGAAUUGUUGAGGAACCAAUCGGAAAACGCGUGGGGAUUUCGUUCAGUGUGCAACAUAAGCUCUUAGUAAAACAAACAGAAAUUGCACUUGUCCCUUCCCCUCCCUCCUGCUCCUUCUUAAUUCAUCCGACGGCGAAUGGGUUUCCUCUACGCUUACUCUACGCGCGAUACACGGUGGUCUAUACACUACACAAGCACGUGCACGAUUAAGGUGGUGCAAAAGUAACUGAAUCCUGAUCGUUGAAACGCCAUGCUUCUUCUCUUCUAUCGUUCGCGCUUCCUAUCUAGAAGUAAAGUCUGUGUGGAAAUGACAAAAAACGGACGUUUGACGGUAAAGGUGGCUCAUUUUUAUGUGAG